AUGGCUCCGACGGCAUGUUUCAACUGCAAGGAGGCGCGGGCUGUCAUCAUCCGCCCAAAGAACCGCCAUAAACUUUGCCGCGCCUGUUUCCUCGAGGUCUUCGAGACCGAAGUCCAUGAGACUGUAACCAACGCAAAGCUAUUCUAUCCCGGCGAACGAGUCGCGAUCGGCGCCAGUGGCGGCAAAGACAGCACUGUCCUGGCAGCAGUCAUGAAAACACUGAAUGAACGAUAUGGAUACGGUCUAGACCUCUGCCUUCUCUCCAUCGAUGAGGGCAUCAAGGGCUACCGCGACGACAGCCUGGAGACGGUGAAACGCAACGCCGUCCAGUACGACAUGCCUCUCGAGAUCUUGGGAUACGGCGAGUUAUAUGGAUGGACAAUGGACCAGGUAGUGGAGCAGAUUGGGAAGAAGGGCAACUGCACGUACUGCGGCGUGUUCCGACGCCAGGCACUUGACCGGGGCGCUGCGCGCUUGGGCAUCAAUCACGUUGUGACAGGGCAUAACGCCGACGAUGUCGCCGAGACAGUCAUGAUGAACCUGCUGCGUGGCGAUCUGCCUCGCUUGUCUCGCGGAACCAGCAUCGUAACCUCUUCUGGCGCGUCCGAGAUGAAGCGCAGUAAGCCGCUCAAGUACGCCUACGAGAAGGAGAUCGUCCUGUACGCCCACCACCGACAGCUCGACUACUUCAGCACCGAGUGCAUUUAUUCUCCCGAGGCAUUUCGUGGUAGCGCACGUACCCUGAUCAAAGAUCUCGAGAAAAUCCGCCCAAGCUCGAUUCUCGAUAUUGUCAAAAGUGGCGAGGACAUGGCCGCGCUCGUACCGAGAGAAGCUCCCGACAAUGACAAGAAAUCAGGGCCCUCUGCCACGGCCGAUGAAGAGAUUAGCGGCUGUGGAAGUUCGAACGGCCGCACCAGCGGUGGUGAAAUGGCGGCGAUGGAGAAGGAAAUCGGGGAUAAUGAAGCGGCUGCGUCCCGCGAGACGGAGAUUCGCUUCCCCAAGUCUCAGCAGUCAGCCAUUUCCAGCCAGAAGACAGUCAAGAAACAGACAUUAAGACACUGCGAACGCUGCGGCUAUAUUUCUAGUCAGGCGAUCUGCAAGGCAUGUAUGCUACUGGAGGGACUUAAUCGCAACCGCCCCAAGACCGCGAUUGAACUCAGCGUCGGAAUGGAGGAUGAGGAGAGUAGCUCGACGCUGAUGAGGCAAAUGGAGCGGACUCAGCUGACCAACAGUUGA